CAGGUUUUCCACACCGGCAGCUCCCGAGGGACAUGAGCAUUGCAUCGGAGCACAAGCCCUUUCGGAAGCAGGUCACGGGCAGCCUGCAUACUUUGUCCCCAAUCGUGGAGUUAAAUGUCGGUGGGGAGAUGUACACAACAACCCUGAGCACCUUAAAGAAACACCCUGGCUCCAAGCUGGCAGAGAUGUUCACCGGGCAGCCCAAACUGAGGACUGACUCCGAAGGGAGGUUCUUCAUCGACAGGCCAGGCACCUACUUCAAAUACAUCCUGGAGUACCUUCGUAGUAACCAAGUGCCCACCCAGUGCAUCCAGGACGUCUACAAGGAGGCGUUGUUCUACGACAUCGAGCCUCUGAUCAAGCAGCUUGAGGACUCCCCACAGCUCUUUGGGGAGCUCGUGGCCAGGAAGCAGUUUCUGGCUCGUGUGCCCAACUACAGCGAGAACAUCGAGCUCAUGAUCCACAUUGCCAGGGCAGAGGCGGUCGCAUCGCGCCGCUCCAGCGUCAUCGUCUGCGUGGUGAAGACCGAGGAGGAUGCGGCCAGAUGUCAGGAUGCCUUGAACAGCUUGGACAUGGAUAAGAAGUCCGUGGUGAAGUUUGGGCCCUGGAAGGCAGCGCCAAGUGUUUUUGACCUGUUGGACUGCAUCCAAAUGGAUGUGGAAGCCAAAGGGUAUAAAAUAGCCUUUCAGCCCCAUGUUGCUGAAAAAGGGUUCCGCUUCAAAUCGCAUGACUUCUUCUACAAGUUCCUGUUCACCUGGUGGUAGCAAAGUGCCCCCAAAGGGAAUUCCAAAGGGAAUGGAGGGAAGUAAUUAUUAAACCAAAUUAACUUGGGCUGUGGAGAGUAAGCUAUGGAUUACUGCAAGGACAGGAGGAAAUGCAUGGGGCAAGGAAAUGAUCUCCUUUGGUCAUUUGCUAAAUUAAAGAGGAUUUAAGAGCUACUGAUUACUUAGGGGAUAACCAUGUGUUUAAAAGGUAGCAGGAAAAGGAGGGAUUUUACGCUUUGAGCAUCGUUAACUACUAAGUUAGUUCAGAGAGCCUGAUCUAAGCCAGAAUCACUCAACCUAAGAGAAAUGAAUAGUCCCAAAUACCUAUCAUGGACAUGUGGAGUUGGCCUCUCAGCGCCAAUGGGAACAGGUCACAUAGGUGCAAUCUCCAGUG